UUGUCUUUAUUUAUCUUCUUGUCCUUUUCUUCUAUGUGAAAACAACAAAAGUUCACAUUUUUGCGCACAACCUAAGCAACAUAUUUGCCACAAAUUCUCUUCUUUAUCUCUGAAUCAACCUCAAGCUUCAUCCAUGGCGUCUGAACCAUCCUUUCUUCGUAACUACAAUUCUGAGGGACAUAAAGAUGACAUCUUUUGUUCAUACGAUGAUUAUACCAACGAGGAUUCUUCUUGUGGCACUCAUAUUGAUUCCAAUAAGGAUUUUCACAUUUCAAGGAUGGUAAAAACAUCAACAUUUCCUGCUACAGCUUAUAAUUCACCUGAAGUUUCUUUAAGCCAAGAGGUUAUUGCAACAACGGUCGAGAAGAGUAUGAAAACAUGUACCGAUGACCUUAUGCGGUUUCUUGAGGGAAUCAGCUCUAGGCUAUCACAAUUGGAGUUAUAUUGUUACAAUAUUGACAAAUCAAUUGGAGAAUUGAAAUCGGAGUUAACUAGUGACCACGAGGAGGCAGAUUCAAAACUCAAAUCUCUUGACAAACACCUUCAGGAAGUUCAUAGGUCUGUACAAAUUUUAAGAGACAAACAAGAGCUAGUUGAGACUCAAAAAGAAUUAGCCAAACUACAACUUGCUCGGAAAGGAUCACCUUCCUCAAGCCAUUCACAGUCCAACGAGGAGAGAUUUUCCCCUUCUGCAAUAGAUCAAAAGGGAACUGAUAAUGCAUAUGUUACAUCAUAUGAUCCACAUAACCAGCAGCUAGCUCUUACCCUUUCUAAUCAAGUUGCCUUCCAGCAACAGCCUAUAGCCCCCUCAUCUCAAGCUUCAUCCCCGAAUGUCACCGAAACCACACAACAACCUCGUUAUUACACGCUGCCCACGUCUUCACCCAACCCACCAGCUGCGGCCCAGCUUCCUCAGAAUCAGUAUUUUUCUUCUAAUCCACAGUACCAAUAUCAUCCAUCAACAUUAUCUCAAGUAAUCCAGUCCUCAACUGUGCAACAAUUUUCUCAGUAUCAGCAGCCGCAACAGAAGCAGCAAUGGUCUCAACCGUUGCCUCAGCAGGUGCAACCUAUGCAACCACCCUUAAUGCAUUCUCAAAUGAGACCCCCAUCAGUAAAUGCUUAUGCUCCGUACCUUACAAGCCAAGCUACAAGUCUACCUCCUACGGACACAUUUUCGAACAGCAUGCCGAUGCAAAAGCCAUAUUCAGGGACUCCACCACAAACAAGGGGUCAUCAUCCAACCCACCAAGGUAAUCUGUAUGGAACUAGUGGGGUCCACGCGACACCUCCUCCUGCGAGCGUGUAUGUGAUGAAUGAAGGGGAGGGUGGAAGAGCAAGUUACCCUCCUCAACCUUCUCCAUUUGCUCAAGGUGGAUAUCCUCCUCAAAAUGCUUCCCUACAAAAUCCUGCACCGCAUAAUGUAACGAUCAGGAAUCCUAGCCAGCAGAAACUUAUGCGUAGCCAUCCUUACAAUGAGUUGAUUGAGAAUUUGGUUAGUAUGGGAGUCAGAGGCGAUCUUGUGGUAAGCAUUAUUCAGAGGAUGGAGGAAACUGGUCAGCCUGUAAAUUUUAACUCUGUACUUGACAGGUUGAAUGCACAUAGUUCACUGGGUCCCCAGAGGGAAUGGUCAGGCUGAAGAACUUAUACUGCAUAUUCUGUUUGAAUAAUAGUGUCCGGCAAUAGUGUUGGUGUCCGACAAUAGUGUUACAUAGCAUGUCAUGGAUGACUAUGAGCAAUGUUGUCUAGCAAUGUGCACAGUACUAUUUUUUGGCAAUGUGCACAGUACUAUAGUGUAUACUCCCACGUUUGUAAUAUUUGAGAAUUACUAAUACAUGAUUUAAUGCUCUUUUUCAAAGAAAAAUUAUUUAAUGUUGAUUCA